CUAGAAAGAGGGGAAGAGAGGAUGGGAAACUUAAAUGUUCUUUUUUCUUUUUAUUUUUCUGGUAAUUUAGGGCUAAAUUGAAGGGGAUUUGGAGAUGGGUUUUGUGAACGGUUUAUUGGUUUUCUUUGGAUUUGGCGUUGGGUGUUCUGUUGGGGUACUUUUUGGGUACUUGUUGUUCAUCUACUUCAAACCCACUGAUGCUGUUGCUAAGGAUGUUAAAGUUCGCCCGCUCGUCGAAUACGAUUCGAAAUCUUUAGAACGCUGGCGUCUUGAAGUUCCCCUGUGGGUAAAAAGUCCAGAUUAUGAUCGUAUUGAUUGGGUUAACAGCAUCUUGGAGCAAAUGUGGCCUUAUCUGGACAAGGCAAUCUGCGGAAUGGCGAAAGAAAGAGCGGAGCCAAUUAUUGCUGAAAAUGCUGCGAAAUAUAAGAUCGGAUCUGUUGAAUUCAAAACAUUUACUUUGGGUUCAUUACCACUAACUUUUCACGGAAUGAAAGUUUGUCUCACAGAUGAGAAGGAAUUGAUUGUGGAACCAUCAAUAAAGUGGGCCGGAAACCCUAAUAUCACUGUUGUAGUUAAGGCAUAUGGGCUAAAAGCAACUAUUCAGGUGGUGGAUCUGCAAAUCUUCGCUUUACCGCGUAUAACUUUGAAGCCAUUAAUCCCUAGAUUUCCUUGCUUUGCGAAAAUCUUCGUCUCUCUAUUGGAUAAGCCGCACAUCGAUUUCGGACUAAAAUUUAUCGGAGCAGAUUUAAUGGCGAUACCCGGUCUCUAUAGAUUUGCUCAGGAGACCAUCAAGAAUCAGGUUGCGAGUAUGUAUGGAUGGCCCAAGCCACUAGAAGUGACAAUAAUGGAUCCUUCAAAAGCCUUGAAGAAGCCGGUCGGAAUUCUCCAUGUGAAGGUCGUGAGGGCGUCCAAUCUACGAAAGAAAGAUUUUUUGGGUAAAUCAGAUCCGUACGUGAGGCUCAAGAUGUCCGACGAUAAAGUUCCAUCUAAGAAAACAACAGUAAAGCACAGCACUCUCAACCCUGAAUGGAAUGAGGAAUUCAAGUUCACCGUUACGGAUCCGGAAACUCAAUAUUUGGAUCUCAGCGUCUAUGAUUGGGAACAGGUGGGCAAACACGAUAAAAUGGGCACGAACGUUGUUCACUUGAGAGAUCUUACGCCCGAUGAGACGAAAACGUUGACUCUUAACUUGCUAAAAAGUAUGGAUCCGAAUGAUCCCGAAAAUGAGAAGCCGCGCGGAGAGAUUGUUCUCGAGGCAAAGUAUAGGCCUUUUAAGGAAGAAGAACUAGCAAGAGAUGUCGGUGAAGGCGCAGAUAUUGUAGAGAAGGCUCCGGACGGUACUCCGCAGGGUGGCGGUUUGCUUGUUGUUAUUGUUCACGACGCGCAGGAUCUCGAAGGAAAGCACCAUACGAACCCAUACGUGCAAAUAUUUUUCAAGGGAGAGGGGAAAAAAACCAAGCGCAUAAAGAAAACUAGGGAUCCAAAAUGGGAGGAGGAAUUUCAUUUUGUAUGUGAGGAACCACCUAUUAAUGAAAAAUUGCAUGUAGAGGUAUAUAGCAAGCCAUCGAAGGUUGCGAUACUAUCUUCCAAGGAAAGUUUGGGUUAUGUCGAUAUUGGCCUUGCGGAUGCGGUCGGGAACAGAAGAACCAACGAAAAAUACGACCUCAUCGGAUCAAAAAGUGGCCGGAUUCAGAUCGAGCUGCAGUGGAGACCUUCUUAGAACUCUUUUAAAGAGCGAAAUCCGAUACUGUAUUUAUACCGAAAAGAGAAAAGAAAGAGGAGGCUCAUUCCUUACUAUGAUGUAAAUGCUAAUGUAAGAUAUGCUACUGUAAGUGUACUGUAAAUAACAGGGAAAUGAGUUCAUGCAGUUAUUUUCACCUAA